AUGCAUCAGAAUACUCUCCAUACCAACGAUGCCCAUAACUUCAGCAAAAAGGAGCAAGACGACAUGAUCGAGCCGGAACAAUAUGAAGGCGAGGUCCUGGGCCAGGUUAUCCCGAAACACCAUUGCGCAAAAGCUGUCGAAGGAGACCAGCACUUUCAUCGCCUUGGUUGGAAACGCUUGACGAUUGUAUUAAUUGUUCAAUCGAUUGCUCUGGGCACCUUGAGCAUUCCCUCCGCAUUUGCAAAGCUGGGAAUGGUUGCUGGUAUCAUACUGACAGUGUCCUUUGGCCUCCUCGCUAUCUACUCGAGCUAUAUCAUUGGCUUGGUGAAGCUUAAAUAUCCUCGUCUCCCUCACUAUGUGGACUUUGGUCGACUUUUGAUAGGUGAUAUCGGUGAUAAGAUCUUCGCUGUUGCCUUUAUUGCUUUGAUGACCCUGACGGUGGGGUCUCACUGUUUGACUGGGAAGCUUGCUCUUGCGACAAUUACAGGCAGCUCCGUGUGUGCUCUCUUAUUUAGUGUGGUAUCAGCUGUGGUGCUAUUUGCAUUGGCAGUGCCACCCUCGUUUGCUGAGAUAUCAAUUCUCGGGUAUGUCGAUUUCGCCUCCAUUCUCGUGGCGGUGGUCAUCACUAUGAUUGCAACCGAUGCUCAGCAGGCUCCGUCAAGUUCAGCCUCAUGGUCUCUUUGGGCUAAGCCAGACCUGACUCUAAGUGAGGCUUUUGUUUCCAUCUCAAACAUUGUGUUCGCCUACUCCUUCGCCCCCGCACAGCCAUCCUUUAUGGAUGAGAUGCACACGCCGCGAGAUUUCACAAAGUCAAUUUCCGCCCUGGCCAUAACCCAGAUUACGAUCUAUACAGUGGCAGGAGCAGUCAUAUAUGUGUUCGUUGGGCAGGAUGUCGAGUCCCCUGCACUAUUGUCGGCAGGCCCUCUGUGGGCCAAGAUUGCGUUCGGCCUUGCUCUGCCCGUAAUCUUUAUAUCUGGAUCUAUUAAUACCACUGUCGCUUGUCGCUUUAUCCACGGUAGAUUCUAUCAAGACUCUGUUGUCCGUUAUGUCAAUACCGCGAAGGGCUGGAUUUCUUGGCUGGCAGUUGUUGCGCUGGUCACUAUCAUUGCCUGGAUUGUCGCAGAGGCCAUUCCUUUCUUUUCCAGCUUACUCGCCAUUGUCGGCUGUCUUCUUACCUCUGGGUUUGCCCUUUACGUUCCUCCGAUCAUGUGGUAUGUUCUGCUCAGGGAAGGGGAGUGGUUUGAGAAACAUAAUAUCUGGCACGCAAUCUUCAACCUCGUCCUGUUCGUUGUCGGGAUCGUUGUGCUUGGGUGUGGCCUCUAUGCAAGCAUCACCGGGAUUAUUUCCGAGUUCCGAUCAGGGGCCAUAAGCCGGCCGUUCUCCUGCAGCGCUGGCAACUAA